UAUAUUGCACCUAGAUGCAGAUAUAAAAUCCACACUCCCGGGCCUUGAUCCCCUCCAGCGUCCCUCUCAAUGCUACAUUGUUUUCUGUAUAAGCCCGAAACUAAGAAUCCUGCUCGAGUCUUGAUUGGCUGCCAUUUUGCAGCUGCUUGGAUUUGCCACAAAUAGAGGUCGAAUCUAGGUGAUGGCCAUGGAGGAACCGCCUCAGCUGUUCUUGUGCCCCAUAUCCAUGGAGCUGAUGGAGGACCCCGUCACGGUGUUAACCGGCGUCACCUACGAUCGCAGCAGCAUCGAGCGGUGGUUCUUCAAGUACGGCAAGGCGACGUGCCCGGCCACCAUGCAGCGGCUGAAUUCCUUCGACCUCACGCCCAACCACACUCUGAAGCGCGUCAUCUCCACCUGGCUUGACCACGCCUCCUCCCCCUCCUCAUCGUCGUCGAGCACGCCGCUGUGUAAUAAGCUGGAGCGGGAAAAGCUACCGUCGGUGUUCGCGAGCAUUGAGGCCACGCCGUUCAAGGUCACCGCGCUCAAAAACCUCAGGCGCUGCAUGGACGGAGACGUGGCAGCGCAGAAGGACUUCGUCGCCUACGGCGGCAUUCAGGUGCUCGGCCGCGUCAUGACACAGGCGCUGGCGGAGAGCUGCGCCGGUGGAGACUUCUCAUCGUUCCGGACGUGCGAGGAGGCCGGCGCCGUCCUCGCCACGCUCCCUCUCUCCGACGACGCGUCGGUGGAGCUCGUGCUCAAACCCGAGUGCAUGAAGCCCGUGGUCGCGGUGCUGCAGCGCGGCAGCGCCGAGUCUAGGCUGCACGCUAUGGCCAUCCUCGCUAAGAUCUCCAGGGCCAUCGGCGCCGACCGUGACUGGACCCCUGGUGUAGACGUCGACGACCUGGUCAAGUCCCUCCUCGAGCUCCUGUCCGACGGUGCCUCAGCGAAGCUGAGCUACCGCGCGCUCGACGUGCUCCUCGACGUCACGGCGCGCUCCCGCGGCGCGCGGCGCGCCAAGGCCGUCGAAGUGGGCGCGGUCUGCGUGCUCGUGGAGCUCCUUCCCGACGCCGAGCGCCGCAUCGCCGAGCGCGCGCUCCUCCUACUCAAGCGCCUGUGCAAGUGCCCCGAAGGCCGGCUCGCCUUCGUGGAGCACGCGCUGGCGGUGUCGGCCGUGGCGCAGACGCUGCUGCGCGUGUCGCGCCUCGCCAGCGGGCUGGCCGUGAGCGUGCUGUGGCUGGUGGCGUGCGCGGUGACGCCUGCGGAGAGGGUGCUGGAUGACAUGCUGAUGAGCGGCGGUGUGGCGAAGCUGCUGGCACUCCUGCAGGUGGAGAACUCCGCGUCGACCAAGGAGAAGGCGGCGAAGCUUCUCAGUGUGCACGGCGCAUUCUGGAGGCAGUACCCGUGCUUCCCCACUGACCUCAGGGACUACCUGAAAUUCCUCAACUGAUCUCUUCAUGCCACUGCACAUGCGCGGAGAAAUUCUGAGGGUUUUGAGCACGAUUAUGCGCAUUAUUUGUACAGUUAAAAUGCUAAAUUUUUGGGGUUUGAUCCAUCCAUGAUUUGUAGUUUUGUGUGCAGUGCAGUUGUAUGUAUGACAUUGACAUAAUUUCAUGAGGCCAAAAGGAAUUGAACUUCGA